AUGAGAAUCUUCCUCAUGGCCCUGGGUCUUCUCGCCGGGACGGUAUCCGGAUUGAACUAUACCGAACCAUACCGUCCUCAAUAUCAUUUCUCUCCUGCCAAAAACUGGAUGAACGAUCCUGCCGGACUGGUAUAUUACAAUGAGACCUACCAUCUUUUCUUCCAAUAUAACCCUGCUGGUAUUGAAUGGGGGAAUAUGUCAUGGGGUCAUGCAACGAGCAAAGAUUUGACCCACUGGGAAGAGCGUCCUGUUGCUCUACUGGCUCGUGGAUAUCCCGAGAAUGUCACCGAGAUGUACUACACGGGAAGUGCGGUAGCAGAUGUGAAUAACACGAGUGGCUUCGGGGUGGAUGGGAAGAUUCCUUUGGUCGCCAUGUAUACUUCAACGUAUCCCAUCUCACAAGAGCUUCCAAGCGGAAAGCACGUUCUGGCAGAGCAGCAAUCUCUGUCAAUCGCUUAUAGUCUCGACGAGGGUGAGACCUGGACAACAUAUGACGCCGAGAACCCCGUGAUUCACAACCCACCCUCUCCCUAUGGAACAGAAUUCGAAAACUUCCGAGAUCCCUUCGUGUUCUGGCAUGACGAUACCCAGAAAUGGGUCGCCGUUACAGUUCUGGCAUCACUUCACAAAGUUGUAAUAUGGAGUUCGAACAACCUCAAAGAGUGGUCUUUGGUCAGCGAAUUCGGACCCUACAAUGCUGUCGGCGGCGUAUGGGAAUGUCCCAAUCUGUUUCAAAUGCCCGUCAAGGGACAUCCAUCAAUGAAGAAAUGGGUAUUGGUUUUGGGACUCAAUCCUGGUGGGCCACCUGGUACCGUCGGAUCAGGCACGCAAUACUUUAUUGGCGACUUCAACGGAACGGCUUUCAAGGCCGAUCCUGCUAGCAUCUAUCCAGACAACAAGUCUGCCAACUGGAUGGAUUGGGGGCCGGACUUUUAUGCUGCGGCCAGUUAUAAUGGACUUCCUGCAGGAGAUGACGUGGUCCAGAUCGGGUGGAUGAAUAACUGGCAGUAUGGUGCGACGAUCCCGACAAGCCCUUGGCGAAGCGCCAUGUCUGUUCCCCGUCAGUUAUCUUUGAAGAAGGUUAAUGGGAAGGUGACCCUCCUUCAACAACCGCAAUACAACUGGCGGAGUGCUGCCAAUCACCAGACCAAGAAACAUUCCUGGAAAUCUGUAUCGAAAGGAUCAACCAGUCUGGACUCCCCCGGCAAGGCAUUCAAGAUCGACUUGAGCUUUGCUGAUCAUGACUCCAACAAGUCUCUGGCAUCGACUUUUGCGAUGGCCGUCCAUGCUAGCUCUGACUUCAAGCAAGAAACACUCAUCGGGUACAACUUUACCAGCAAAGAGGUCUUUGUGGAUCGGAGAAAUUCAGGAGAUGUAUCUUUUGACAAGACGUUUGCAAGCUUGUAUCACGCACCACUAUCAGCGAACGCGGAUAAACGGAUCAACCUGCAGGUCUUCGUGGAUUGGUCUAGUGUUGAGGUCUUGGGAGGUCAAGGAGAGGUCUCUUUGACGGCUCAGAUAUUCCCAGAAGGAAAUUCAACUGAAGCGCGGCUUGUGUCGACGGAUGGAGUGACCCAGGAUGUCAGCCUUCGGAUUAGCGGAAUGGGUUCAGCGUGGCUCUAG